AUGUCUACAGAGGAAAAAGCAGCAGCGGCUGCUCAAGCACCAUCCAGAACUCUGGUCAUUGACAAUGGAGCUUACACUAUCAAAGCUGGAUUCUCAUCUCCAGAAUCCACGGAUGCACCGCGAAUUAUACCCAAUUGCAUGGCCCGCGACCGCGAAAAGAAGGUCUACAUUGGAUCACAACUCGACAAUUGUAAGGAUUUUGGAGAUAUCGUCUUUCGUAGGCCUGUCGAAAAAGGAUACCUGGUGAAUUGGGAGGCAGAGAAGGAAAUAUGGGAGCACGAAUUCUUUGACAAAAAAGCGCCAUUACAAUGCGAUCCAAGAGAGACGGGUCUCAUUCUGACAGAGGCACCUAAUGCGCUGCCAGUCCUGCAAACAAAUUGUGAUCAAAUGGUUUUCGAGGAGUUUGGCUUCGCUAGCUACUAUCGGUGCCCUGGUCCAAUUCUCAAUUCGUACAACGACAUUCAAGGGAUCUUUAAAGGGCCAGCUCGAGAUCCAUCACAGCCUCUUCUUCCCGCCGAAAUAAUACUUCUCAUCGAUGCCGGAUAUUCUCACACAACCAUUACACCCGUGCUGCGAGGGCGCCCUCUACAAUCGGCGAUCAGAAGAUUGGAAGUUGGAGGCAAGCUCAUGACAAACUAUCUGACACGCUUAAUAUCUCUACGCCAGUAUGAUAUGCGCAACGACACUUAUUUGGUAAAUGAAAUUAAGGAAGCAUGCUGUUAUGUAUCAAGGGACUUCAAUGGAGAUAUGGAGAAAACGUGGAAAGGAACCAGAGGAGACCGAAGAGAAAUAUUUGAGACGGGUGGUGGAAUAGCGAAAGAUUAUGUUCUCCCGGAUUAUCAUAAUCGGUCUCAAGGUUUCGUGCGAGAUCAUGAUCCACUACAAGCAGGAAAAUUAAAACAGCUGACCAAGGGGAAGCUGGCAGAAGCUGCGGAAGAUAUUUUGACUUUGAGAAACGAAAGAUUCACGGUCCCAGAAUUACUGUUCAAUCCAUCAGACAUCGGUAUGCGACAAUCGGGCAUUGCUCAACUAGUCAUGGAAAGUCUUUCUGCUUUACCAAUGGGUCUAUGGCCAGCGCUUCUCGCAAAUAUCAUUGUCGUGGGGGGCAGCUCUAAGAUAGAAGGAUUCAUUUUGAGGCUGCAGCUUGAAAUCAAGGCUCUUGCUCCAGCGGAGUGUUACGUUCGUUGUGCGAGACCAGAACAUCCUAUUAUCAGCACUUGGAAUGGUGGAGCAGAAUUAGCGAGACAUCCUGAUGUCUUGCAGAAGCUAUCAGUAACGAAGCAAGAGUAUGACGAACACGGAAGUGCUUGGGUCGCCAAAAAGUUUGGAGGCAAAUAA